AUGGGGUGUUCAACAGAACAACAUGUGGUGGGAGAUGACAGAGGAUGGGAUCUUGCCCUAGAUUUCAAAGGAUGGGCUUCCCGCAAGAUCUUCCAUGUUGGAGAUAAUCUCUGGUUUGCUUAUGCUUCCUCUCAACAAAGCAUAUUGGAGCUGAAGAGCCGAGAAGAGUUUGAGAAUUGUGAUGUGAGCAAUCCAAUCAAGCUAUAUGAUGGAGGGCUAGAUGCAGUCCCACUCAUUGAAAUGGGUGAUAGAUAUUUUACUAGUGGAAAUGCAGAAGACUGUCAACAUGGAAUGAAAGUGCACAUUAAUGUUUUAUCUGAUGGACUUGACAAUGGCCAAUCUAACAAUUUCGAUGUAGUUUCGUAUGGGCUUGACAAUGUGGCCAAAGAUUUGGGUUUAGAUUUAUUAUCAGAUGGAAUGGAGCAUUAUAUUGCUACUUCUACUGGUGAUGAUUCGAUGGAGGAGGGGGCAAUAAAGGAGGUAAUUGCUGAAGGGCCCACAUCAUCAUGA